UCAAAAUCCAAAUCAUCUAUCCUUUGAACUCAAACAACAACACUAACCACGUCCCUUCUCUCUCUCUCUCUCUCGCGCGCGGAGAAGCUAAGCUGAGAAAAGAUGCAGGCGAUUACGAGGCGAUUAGGGCACCAAUCUCUGAGGCCAACUGCUUCAAUCUCUUCUAUCAAGUCUAUUUGCGCUCUCUCCGAUCACUACUAUGGAGGUGAUCAUCCGCGAUACGGAUCUACACUGGCUUCCCACAAGGGCAUGGGCCACCUCGUUCGCAAGGGCACCGGUGGCCGAUCUUCCGUCAGUGGCAUUAUUGCUACUGUUUUCGGCGCUACUGGAUUCCUUGGUCGUUAUCUUGUGCAACAACUGGCUAAAAUGGGAUCUCAGGUGUUAGUUCCCUUCAGAGGUUCCGAGGAUAACCCUCGUCAUCUCAAGUUGAUGGGAGAUUUAGGACAGAUAGUGCCAAUGAAAUACGAUCCGAGGGAUGAAAAUUCAAUCAAGGCUGUGAUGGCAAAGGCUAAUGUUGUUAUCAAUCUCAUUGGAAGAGAGUAUGAGACAAGAAACUUUAGCUUUGAGGAAGUGAACCAUUUCAUGGCAGAACAACUGGCAGUGAUUGCCAAAGAACAUGGUGGUAUCAUGAGAUUUAUUCAAGUUUCUUGCUUAGGGUCUUCUCUGACAUCUCCAUCAAGAUUUCUAAGAGCUAAGGCUGCUGGAGAAGAAGCUGUUUUGAAAGAACUUCCUGAGGCUACUGUCAUGAAACCUGCUGUAAUGAUUGGUACUGAGGAUCGUAUUAUGAAUCGAUGGGCACAUUUUGCAAAGAAAUAUAGUUUUCUCCCACUCAUUGGUGGUGGAUCUACCAAAAUCCAGCCAGUAUAUGUUGUUGAUGUUGCUUCUGCAAUAGUUGCGGCCUUGAAAGAUGAUGGAAGCAGCAUGGGAAACGUUUAUGAAUUGGGUGGACCAGAGAUCUAUACCGUGCAUGAACUGGCUGAGCUUAUGUAUGAGACGAUCCGUGAAUGGCCACGCUAUGUAAACGUACCUUUACCGGUUGCAAAGGCAAUUGCCAUGCCUAGAGAGGUAUUACUCAAGAAAGUGCCAUUCCCACUACCAAAUCCCGACAUCUUCAAUCUGGAUCAGAUACAUGCAUUUGCAACCGAUACUGUUGUCUCAGAAAAUGCGUUAACUUUUAUGGAUUUGGGUAUUGUGCCCCAUAAGUUGAAGGGUUACCCAGUCGAGUAUCUUAUUCAAUACCGUAAGGGCGGUCCACAAUUUGGUUCUACAGUCAGUGAAAAAGUUAACCCAGAUUCUUAUCCUUAAUUUUUUUUGGAUCUCAUUUCCCGAUGUGUUUUCCUUUUUACCUUUUUCUUGGUCCUAAAAACGCCUCCGAUGUUGAAAAGCCUAUUCCGGUAUGUGAUGCCAUCAAUUUCUUAAAGACAAGAAUGACCAAAAGAGUGCAUAGUUGUAGUUUCCCUUUUCCAAAAACGAAGAAUGUGAGUUUGCUGAGUAGCAAAGAUUUAAUAAAAGUUGAGAUACUUGGUUAAUCACUAUGUAAAACAUCUGCAACUCUUGGGACUUAACUAGUUAGUGGCAUCAUAGGUUAAUUUUUUUACAGAAGGGGGGCUUUUUUGCGUUGGCUGAAACUAGGAAUGAAUAAUAAGGGGAAGCACCCUUCAGUUAUUUCAUGUGAUUAUAUAUUUGUGAGAAAAUAUUUAAUCUCAUUUGUAAUUUUUCUUGUUUUUAAAGAUCAUCCUUUGGGAGGUUAUCUCCUGUUAAAAAGAAA